AUCAGAUUUUAUAGCACACAAACUACCAAAUUAUUCAUGGAAACCCAGGGUGGAAAUAAUGCUUCACAAUUGCUUCGAGCUCAAACCCAUGUCUGGAACCAUAUUUUAAAAUUCAUAAACUCUUUGUCUCUUAAGUGUGCUACUGAGUUGGGCAUAGCAGAUAUCAUACACAACUAUGGCCAACCUAUGCCACUCUCACAACUCAUUGCUUCAUUACCAAUCCACCCUUCCAAGACUUCCUUUAUCAGCCGCUUCAUGAGAAUUCUGACUCAUUCUGGUUUCUUCUCUGAACACCAUGACACCCCAAAUGAGGGUGAAGUGAUGUAUGUGCUAACUGAUGCAUCUAAAUUACUCCUGAAGGACCAUCCCUCCAGCAUGAAAUCUUUGUUACAACUCAUAGUUGAUCCAGUUUCCAUUAAUCCAUGGUUUCAAUUCUCUACUGAGAACAUAGAAUAUGUUGGAGGAGAUAUGUUUCAAGCAAUUCCUUCAGCAGAUUCCAUUAUGUUAAAGUUGAUAAUGCAUAACUGGAAGGACGAGGAAUGUGUGAAAAUACUGAAAAAUUGCAAGGAGUCAAUAGCAAGCGAGGGAAGGGUUAUUAUUAUCGACAUGGUGAUGGAGAACAAGAAGGAAGAUCAUGAAUUAACUGAAAUGCAGCUUUUCCUUGAUAUGCAGAUGAUGAUGCUGUUCAGUGCAAAAGAAAGAAAUGAGAAAGAGUGGGCCAACCUAAUUUUCUCUGCUGGCUUCAGUAACUACAACAUUACUCCCAUUGGUUUAUUUUCUAUCAUUGAGGUUUAUCCAUAGUGUGUUAUUGCUGCUAAAUGAGAUUAUGAGAAGAGCUAAACUAUCUAUUUUUUCUGUUCUUGUUGUAUUAGCAUCAUUGAGGUUUAUUCAUAGUAUGUUAUAUCUCCCUUUUCUGUUUAAGUUUAUUUUUUCUA